CGUAAAACUGACACAUGCUCAUAUCAAAGCACUUUUACCAUUACAGCAACUGCAUACAAACUAUCGCCAAUAAGAAACUCAGGCUUGACAAACCAAACUAGACCCUCUCGCAACGCGAUAUGUGCACAGAAUUAUGUCCAUAAUGCAGCCCUGUCGCUUGUUAGAUAUCAAGCAAUAACUCUAGCGACGACAGACACCUGUUUUGACUGGGCCCGCGGAACGAACCAGGCAUGGACUCUGCCAAACAGGCGAAGCUUCUUGAAAUUAGAAACAGGCAGAACCGAUGGCUACGCGAGCGUCAGGCAGAGAUGGACCGGGAAAGCGUUGUGGCAGAGCUGCAGCAGCAACAUGGCGGCAGUAGCAGCUCCGCAGGCGGGCCAGGCGGCAGUAACCAAGGCUCGUCCAGGCCGGCCACACGAGGCGCCGCCUCCUCUUCAGCAGGGCCCUCCGUCUCCGCCUCCUACGCCACACUGCCGCCCAUCAACGGCGGGGGCGGGGGCGGGGGCGGGGGCGGGGGCGGCGGCGGUGGGGGUGGGGGCUCGGGCGGCGUGCUGCCUGCCACGCUGGGCGGUGUGGGUGGCGUGAAGCCGGAGGAGGUUAUUGACCGACUCACAGAGCGCAUCACGGACCGCCUGCGAGGCGAGCUCAAACUGGAGCUGCAGCGUGAGAGCCAGUCGCUGGCGGCGCAGCAGGGCGCGUUGGACACGUUCCUGGUGAAGGAGCUGGAGAGCCAGAACACCUGCCCCGUGUGCUACGAACUGAUGGUGCCGCCGGACCAUGCGCCCAUGAUGCUGUUCCCGUGCGGCCACAGCUUCUGCGGCGCCUGCCUGGAGCACCACAUCGACCGCAACAAGAAGACGCAGUGCCCCAUCUGCAGGAAGCGGAUAGAGUCCAGGGCUCCGAACUACUCCCUGCAGCAGCUCAUUCAGCAGGUGGCGGCGAAGAAGGACCGUGCGGCGCCGCGCGGGCCGCUGUCGCCCACCGGGGCGGGCGGCGGUGAGGAGGGCAUGCUGGGCGCAGACGGCGGCGGCGUGGGCAACGGGGCAGCGCUGGGAGCGGGAGGCGCGCCGGAGCUGGGCGGCAAUGCGGACCGUGUACGGCGCCAGUACGAGCGGGCGGCCACGCGCAUGCGGGUGCUGCGCAACGAGCUGGCAGACACGGAGGCGGAGGCGGCGUCGCUGGACGGGCGCAUGGCGGCGGCGGCGGCGGUGGUGGGGCACCUGCAGGAGGAGGAGCAGCAGGUGCUGCGCAGGCUUGCGGCUGUGCAGGCGGAGCUGGAUCUGGUGCGGCAGCAGCUGGCGGGGCAGGGCGGCAAGGCGGCGGACCUACACAGGCAGGCCGAGGCGGUGGCGCAGCGCCGGGACCUGCUGCAGGCCACGCUGGGCCCGCUGGAGGCAGAGGUGGAGAAGCUGGAGGUGCUGAUGGCGGGCGUGAUGGAGAUGCAGUAGCACCAGCAGCAGCGGCAGUAGCAGCGACAGUGGCAGUAGCAGGGGCAGGGGCAGGGGCAGUAGCAGGGGCAGGGGCACUGGUAGCAGGCGUGCGGGAAGCAGCAGCAUUGGUAGCAGGUGCAUGGCACUGGUCUAAGGGGUCACUUCACAGGAGGAGGGGGCGGCUGCAGUUGUGAGGGGUAGGGACAUGUCAGCAGGCAGCAGCGGCCGGCGCUGAGACACGCGCAGAAAGGUCCUGGCUGCGGCAUGCGACCCCGAGAGCCCCGGACAAGUAUGUGUCUCGCGUGAGGAGCGGAUGGAGCGACAGUGAUCGUGAAGGUGUGAGAGCCGGUGCGGGGGAGCUACAUUCGAAUUGAAGCGA